AUGUCCUGGCGUAUGUGGCGGACGAGCGCCGGGAUGGUGAUCUCCGGCGCGCUGAGGUGCGGCAGGUGUCCUUCGGUGGGCAGCACCUCCACGACGGACUUCCCACCCAGGCUCCGGCGGAGGUAUUCCCCCACCACCACAGGCACCAGCAUGUCCUUGGAGCUCUGGAUAAUGUGGCACGGGACGCUGACUUGGCUGAGGUCGAAACUGUUCAACAUACGGCACACGCUGAGCCCUAUGUCUGGCCGAAUGUUGAACAGUGUCCGGCUGAACUCCUGCAUUGCACUCGAUUCCAGGUCCCCACCCACCAUCAGCGGCGCAAAUCCAGUCAACAUCGACCUGUGGUUCUCCUCCAUGGCGGCAUACAGCUGGUCCAGCUGA